ACCGUCCCUAAUUCAUUCCGUUAAAGCUGUUUUGUUUCACUCUCCAACACCAACCACUCCUUCACUUGACGCCAUGAUCAUUCAAACACUUCAUUCCAGCCCAACCUUCCAUGGCUUUUCUAGCUUCCACUCACACCUUUCUUGCUCUUCUUCAUCAUCCUCACCAUUCCUUGCUAAACGCUUUCUCUCCUUCGUUCCAUUCCCUUCAAGAAAUCCUCUUCUCAAGUUCAAUUCCACUUCAAACGACAGCACUCCGGACCAAGAUUAUCUCCUUGAUGCUCCAGAAUCUGUUGGAGAUGGCUUCUCUUUUAGUGGAGGAAAAUAUUCAGAUGAGCCAAGUCCAAGUGAUGAGUGGUUUAAACAAGGGAAAAUGGUUAAAGCCUAUUCAAGUUCUGGCAGUGGCGAAAAGGCAAAAGAUCCAAUUUUCGGGCUCACUAUGGGUGCUGGUUCUCAAGCUAGUAGCGAUUUUUUCAGAUGGUUUUGUGUUGAAGUUGGAAGUGCAGAUAAUCCAUCAGUGAUACUAAUCCAUGGUUUCCCUUCACAGGCAUAUUCAUAUCGCAAAGUUCUUCCAGUUCUCUCCAAGGACUAUCAUGCCAUAGCUUUUGACUGGUUAGGAUUUGGGUUCUCUGAUAAGCCUCAACCAAGAUAUGGAUUUGACUACACACUGGAUGAAUAUGUGUCAUCACUGGAAUCGCUUAUCGAUGAACUUGCUGUUACUAAAGUCUCACUUGUUGUUCAAGGAUAUUUUGCACCAGUUGUAGUUAAGUAUGCCAACUCUAAUCAGGAAAAGAUCAAGAACUUAAUACUCCUUAAUCCACCUCUAACAGCCCAACAUGCCAAGCUUCCUCCUACAUUAUCCAUUUUCAGCAACUUUCUGCUAGGUGAAAUAUUUUCACAGGAUCCAUUAAGAGCCAGUGACAAAGCUCUAACAAGCUGUGGCCCCUAUAAAAUGAAAGAAGAAGAUGCAAUGGUUUAUAGAAGACCCUAUCUCACAUCUGGCUCCUCAGGUUUUGCACUAAAUGCACUUAGCAGGACCAUGAAGAAAGACCUCAAGCGGUAUGUGGAGGAUAUGCAGAGAAUACUCAAAGACCAAAGUUGGAAAGUGAAAACAACAAUAUGCUGGGGACAAAGGGACCGUUGGUUUAGUUAUGAUGGAGUGGAAAAUUUCUGUAAGGAUUCCAAUCAUACACUUGUUGAAGUUCCAAAGGCAGGGCAUCAUGUGCAAGAAGAUUGUGGUGAAGAACUUGGACAACUUAUUUAUAAGACAAUAAGCAGAAGGGACUACAUAUGAGGAUAUUUCCAAAUUUCUGAUUAAAAGAAAAAAGAAAAAUUGUUUCACUGUCUCUAUUCUUCUAAUGAAACCUUUUGAAUUCAAUGCCAAUCUAUUAGCAAUGUAUCUAUUAUGAUUUUUUUUAAUCAAUCAUCUUAAUUCUACA